AUUAUAAGUUAAUCGUUUUGUUUUGUUACUUUCUACACUUUUACAGAGUUUAACAAAAUUUGUAUAGUAGCAGUGUAGUUGAACUAGAAUGAGGGUUCAUAGUGUACGUAAUUUUUUACACUUUGAAGCAGAUCUGCUUAUGUCGCAAAUAUGCAUCAUGUAUAAAUCAGCAGAUACUACUACAAAAGAACGCAACCGUGGAUUGCAAAUAAGAUUGGAUUACGAGAAGAAGAAACACAGAUACCUAAUCAAGAAAAGGAUGACCAGUCGAGACUUAACAAUUAAUAGAAGCAGCGAUACUUGGAGAAGACGCAGCAUUCUUAAGGAACGUGAAUUCUGGCAGAAUCUUCUAAUAGAUUUAAAUGAAAUAAUUAUAUAUCUGAAGGAGUAUUGGACAGAAAUGGAUAGAGAAUUGCAAUAUAAUUGUAUGACCAGAAACGAAAAUAACUUAGAAGAUUGCAUGCAACAAUUGAACAUAAUUGGAGAAUACGUGGAAGAGCUCUUGGCCUACGCCAAAAGCAAAUUGCGAAAACUGAGCAUGGAUAUAACGAUGUCUACGUUUCUGGACAACUUUGAAAACAACAAUCGCAUCGCUGAUUAUAUAAAGAAGAAAAUCAAGUUUUUAUCAAGUUAUACAAGAACUUCAUUUUUCAAUAUAAAAAGGCAUCUUCGUGGAGAUUGCACUUGUUGUUGAUAUAGAAUCUCUACUGUUUUAAGUGUAUAAAUAAUCUAAUUUUAAUUAAUGACUUUAGCAAUGUUAUCAACGUUAGAUCAGUGAAAACCAUGAAAUUAGUAUUAUUAAUAUUUACAAUAUUUUAUUAUUGUACUCAUAUAAAAAGUUGGAAUUCAAAAAGUAAAUUGAUCGGAUGAUAUUGAGAGAUAAGGAUUUGAGUUGGAGUGAUGUGCAUUCGUUCACCGAAAAACGUCUUUUAUUUAUCGAUGUUUGAAGACGUUUCGAAUAAAAUUCCCGUUGCCACAUGGACUCACAUCAAUAAGUAUAAAAAUAAGUUAAUUAAAAAAUGGCGAAGAUGUUCGCCGAUCAUGAUGAUUUUCUGGAAAAAACUGAAAAGUUUCUGUGUCAUAUCGUUUUAGUAAAUAAUGUUCUUAGAGAAGACCGAAACAAGCGAAAUAAGGGUUUGAAGAUACGAUUAUCUUACGAAAAAAAGAAAAUGAUGUAUUUGAGUAAAAAGAAGGGUAUAGGAAGACGAUGUAUACUCAGCAGCAGGAUGAGCGAUGUCUGGCGAAGGAUCAAAGUGGAUGAAGAGAACCAGUUUUGGAGUGACCUGAAUUGGUUUCUGGAUGGAAUCCAGGCGAAUAUCACAUCCUACAUGUUUAAUAUCAAAAACGAGAUAUCCAAGUGCCAUAUGGAUCCCAAAGAAAUAUUACUGAGACAUUGGAAGCGGCAGCUGCACAUUCCCAUUUUAAAUUUAAAAAUGAUUUUGGACGAUAUCGAAUUGAAUGUGAUCAAUUUGGAUUUGAACAUGUCCAUGGAUGAAUUUUUAACUAGUUUGGAGUCGAACAAUACGAAUCUGGAGGACUUCGAUUGCGCUAUCAAUAAGAUGCUCGUGUAUACUCGUAAUCUUUUACGCGAUAUUAAGACACACGUAUGUAAUGCUUGCGAGGAUUGCAAUAUCUGCAAAUUUAUUUAAAAUUUUACAGUCCAUCAGACGGCGAAUCAUUGCAA